AAAAGAUUUUUAUAUUUUAAAACGCCCGCUCAUUGCUUGAGUCGUUGAUUUUGUUGCCAAUCGUAACAUAGGGACUUUUACGUCUGCGUCUAGUGUGCGCCAAUUAUUUGACGUUUGACAUUUCGUAUUUGAAAUUUGAAUUUUAUUGUGUCCGUUACAUUUUCCGAAAAUUGCGCAAAAUUCCCAGUGAAACCGACUCAAGAUGACGGGGGUCGUUCAGCAGAGUAAAUCCUCCAUCACUUUAAAGGGCUCCGCUGAAAUCGUGUGCGACUACUUGAAUUUCGGAAUCAACUCAAUUUUGUUUCAACGGGGUCUGUACCCCCCCGAGAACUUUCAAAGUGUCGAGAAUUACGGUCUGACCAUUUUAAUGUCCACAGAUAACAAAAUUAAGGAGUUUUUAUCGUCAACGUUGAGUCAAUUGAAAGAGUGGCUAAUCCAAAGAAGUGUGACCAAAGUAGCUUUAAUAAUAACCAACGUGAAGACGUUGGAGGUUAUGGAAAGGUGGGACUUUCGUGUGGAGUAUGAGGGUAAUCCGGAUGAGGCAGGUGGGCAGGUUUCGGAAAAACCGUUGAAAACGAUUAAGAACGAAAUUAGGGACGUUUUGAAGCAAAUUGCUUCGUCUGUGGCGUAUUUGCCGUUGUUGGACUGUCUGUGUAGUUUUGAUAUUCAAAUUUAUACGAAAAGUAACGUGGAUUUGCCGUCGCAAUGGAGCGAGGCGGAGAUGGCUCACGUAAAAAAUGCCCAAACUGUGAAAAUGAGGUCGUUCUCUACUAAUAUUCACAAAGUGGAUACCGUUGUUACUUAUAAGAAUGAAGACUGAAGUACUUAGAUUAAGCGUAAAAUAAAACACCAAUUUCCUUUUUAAACUUUUUAUUAGCAUAAUUAUUGUCAAUAUAUAUAUCAUUUAAGUAGUUUUUUCUCACUAGGCAAUCUCUAAUUUCAACAUCAAUACUG